UCUUUUGGUUUGUGGGCAGGAUAGCAAAGAGAAAGAGUAAAGGGAGGCAGGUCAUCAUCAAAUACGUAAACACUUUGGUGAGAUUUCUGAGCUGAGCAUGCGUUGAGGAAGGUGUUUGGAUCAAGCGGAUCAGAUUCAGAACAAAUCUUACCUGCGCCGAAUCUGGAUAUUUACGCAUGAAUCGCGGGCGUCUCGUUGAGUGAAUGGGCGGCCGACGUUGAUGCAGUGUGAUCUGUUUGGGUAUACGCCGCAGACGUCAUAGUGCCUCGACUACUUGGGCUAAGGGUUGCAUCAAUUGGCCAGAUUGUGACGACCAGACUGGCUAUUAUUGUUGCCUAUGCAAUUGUUGAAGUUUUUAAGAACCACAAGUGAAGGGAUCUUUUAGAAGAAGCAGCUUCAGCCUAUUAGGAAACAAAUGAACAACAUUAAUCAUGAGCCGAUAUCGACAUCAACCAAUCAUGAAUCGGCGAUUCCAGAUCCAGAGGACGGGCUUUUAAAUGAGGAGACACUUUUUGACAUGAGCAUCUUAGGGGACGAAACAGGGUUUCCGAAAAUGAUGCAGACAAACACAAAGCCUCAAUCGGCUCAGGUACCAAGUCAUGUCAGCGUUGAAGAUGGAGUUCUUUACCCCUGGGGAAGCAAGAGAAUUCUACAUGAGUUAUAGUAAGCUAAAAGAUUUUGCAAUAAGGAAGACUAAGAGGGUAAAAAAUGCCAAAGGAGAGAUCAUUAGAUACACUUUUGUUUGCAAAUAGACAAGGAUUUAGACACAAGAAGUGGCUAGAUAAGCUGGAUAGGAAAAGAGAGCACAAGCCUAUAACGCGAUGCAGGUGUGUAGCAGAGAUGAGGAUAAAGAAGAAUCAGACAAAUGGAAAAUGGUUUGUUUCACAGUUUGUGGAUGAUCAUAACCACACCCUACUCUCAGAAAGGUUUAUUGGAUAUCUGCACACAGAAAUAUGUCCGAUGUAGAAAUUGCUCAAAUGAAUAGCAUGAGGCAAGUUGGGAUAAGCAUUCCAAAGAUAUACCAGUCAUUUGCGAUGCAGGUUGGGGGCUUUAACUUAGUAAGGUUUACUAAGCAAGAUAUGCACAAUGAGGUUCGAAAGCAACGUGCUUUACAGAAUGGAGAUGUAAAUGCCGCACUGUGAUUUUUCGAACGUGCUGCCAGAAAUGAUGAAAAACUGUUUUGGAGGUAUGAGGUAGCGGCUGGUUCUCAUAUGUAUGACCUUAUAUGGAGUGAUGGCUGAAGCCAGGAAGAUUAUGAGGCAUUCGGUAAUGUACUCGCCUUUGAUGCGACCUAUGGGAGGAACACGUAUAACCUUCCUGUCAUUGUUUUGUCCAGGGUUAAUCAUCAUAAUCAAACAUGCGUGUUUGCAACAACAAUGGUUUCAUCUGAGUUACAGGAUUCGUAUAAAUGGGUGCUGAGACGGUUUCUGGAAUGCAUGCCGGGAAAGGCCCCGAAGGCAGUUAUAACUGAUGAGGAUCCUUCUAUGAGGCUAGCUAUUAUGCAUGUGUUUCCAGAUGCUCAUCAUAGACUUUGCGCGUGGCACCUACUUUGCGAGACGUAAGAUUUUACAUUGUAUACUGGCAGGAUUGUGAAAAUGAAUGUUGCUAUGUGAUACAGAAGUAUUGCUGCCCGGAGGUAACCUGGCAAGUCUUGCAUCAACUGCACAAUGGAACAUUUCAAUGUAAUUACCGCAGAAUGGAGUCAUAUGGGAUCCCUUGUGUUCACAUAAUUGUAGUUCUGGUUGGUAUUGAUAUCGGUUCUUUGCCAAAGACUCUGGUCCUCAAGAGGUGGUGCAAAAGCGCCAAGAACAAUGUGACUGCCGAUAGACAAGUUACUGAUACGGGCGAUGCUGCAUCCCGAUACCGUAGCAGACUUGGUGCAUUUGUAGACCAAUGUAAGAUUUUUGCCAAUGUGGCUUGUCUAAGGGACGAGGACUACAAGGUCUUCAAUGAAAAAAUGGCACGAGAUGCUAUCAUGUUAGAGGUCAAGAAUGGGUUGCGUGUGGCCCCAGAUGUGAAUCCACACCUUAACGAUGAGGGGGGUGGUGGGAUAAAUGAUCAGGUCCGCGUGCGGACAAAAGGCACUGGUAGAGGAAAUGAUUCUCGUGUAACAAAUGAACCAAAGAAGAGAAAAUGUAGUGCCUGCGGAAAAUUGGGUCAUCGCCGAACACGCUGCCCCAGUGCGCUUGCUUCGCGCCAGGCAUGUCGUGGACCGCUACCACGUAGGGGUGUACAUGGCCCGGCUCGGCCGGAAGACCCGGUCCGGCCCCGAACACUUUAGGGGCUAAUUUAGUGUGAAUUCAUCGGGUUUAGGGUCGGGUAAGGGUCUCAAAAAUAGACCCGGUCAUUAUUUUAGGUCGGGUUCGGGCCAUAACUCGGGUCACCCAAACUCGGCCCGGUCAUCAUACACAAUUAAUAUUUUGUGUUAUUAAUGAUGGAUGAUGACUAUUUUUAUGUGGAAUUUAAGUAUUGUAAACUUUAAU